AUGCGAUUAACUGUUAAUAUCGUUUAGAUUUUAUAAAGAGUAUAAAAUAAGGGUUUUAUGAUAGCUUUUAAAAUAUAGAGGAAAAUUUUAGAAUUAUCUCCAGGAUCUGAAUAUUCUGUAUCUAGAAACAAAAAUUCUAAUAAAUUAAAAGAACACGAGUGGAAUAGAUUACGACUGCAAACAGGUUCGAUUAUACGGAAUGGAAUCUGAGCCCUCAAGCCCAACCUAUUUGAGACCAGCUUCCAGAGGAUACUACUAAAUUGUUUAUUGA